UCGGGGAACAUUUAAGUUACUAAAAUGUUUCAACGGUCGCGUUUUCCAAAGCAAAUAUUAAUCCUCCUGAAAAUUUUGAGCCUUUCUGUUGAAAUUCAGUAUGAAUUAGAGUUUGAGGACGACAAGGUUUUUACUAAAUGUUUGGAUAACCCGAACGGGUUCAAGGACAUACAUGGAUUGUUUGAUUUUACGAAUUUUUCCUUCGAACUUGGUGCAGAAGGUCUCGUGGUAGGUGGAAAGUUUACAUCUGUGUGGGACGUAGAGCCGACUGAUCGCAUCGAGCUCCGUUCGAAGACAUUAUAUUGGGAACGUGGCUCUUGGCAACCGACAAUUCUCAAUGUUUAUGUUUCUGAUUUCUGCAAAGUUAUGUACGACAAGAACCAGAUCUGGUACAUCAGUCUGACUCAACAUAUCAGCAACAAGGAGGAAAUUCGAGACAAAUGCGUCACACAUAAAGGAACCUUAUUUGUUAUCGAGCCGUAUUUGAUGAAGAUCUAUUUUGGUGCUGGGAUGGUGUUUCCUUCUGGACGGCACCGGGUUAUACUUAAUAUGGUUGCGAUUGAUCUGAAUAAUGUAACACGACCAAAUGGAGUAUGCUUCGAAAUAACGGGUACAUUUUUUAAGAUUCCAAAUUAA